AUGAGUUCUGUCUCUGUGAGGAAGGCUAUGAGUUCUGUCUCUGUGAGGAAGGCUAUGAGUUCUGUCUAUGUGAGGAAGGCUAUGAGUUCUGUCCCUGUGAGGAAGGUUAAGAGUUCUGUCCCUGUGAGGAAGGCUACUAGUUCUGUCCCUGUGAGGAAGGCUAUGAGUUCUGUCUAUAUGAAGAAGGCUACGAGUUCUGUCCCUGUUAUGAAUACUAUGAGUUCUGUCCCUGUUAUGAAUACUAUGAGUUCUGUCCCUGUGAGGAAGGCUAUGCGUUCUGUCCCUGUGAGGAAGGCUACGCGUUCUGCCCCUGUAAGGAAGGCUACGAGUUCUGUCCCUGUUAUGAAUACUAUGAGUUUUGUCCCUGUGAGGAAGGUUAUGAGUUCUGUCCCUGUGAGGAAGGCUAUGAAUUCUGUCUCUGUGAGGAAGGCUAUGAGUUCUGUCUCUGUGAGGAAGGCUAUGUGUGCUGUCCCUGUGAGGAAGGCUAUGAAUUCUGUCUCUGUGAGGAAGGCUAUGAGUUCUGUCUCUGUGAGGAAGGCUAUGUGUGCUGUCCCUGUGAGGAAGGCUAUGAAUUCUGUCUCUGUGAGGAAGGCUAUGAGUUCUGUCUCUGUGAGGAAGGCUAUGUGUGCUGUCCCUGUGAGGAAGGCUAUGAAUUCUGUCUCUGUGAGGAAGGCUAUGAGUUCUGUCCCUGUGAGGAAGGUUAAGAGUUCUGUCUCUGUUAGGAAGGCUAUGAGUUCUGUCUCUGUGAGGAAGGCUACGGGUUUUGUCCCUGUGAGGAAGGCUAUGAAUUCUGUCUCUGUGAGGAAGGCUAUGAGUUCUGUCCCUUUGAAGAAGGCUAUGAGUUAUGUCUCUGUGAGGAAGGCUAUGAGUUCUGACCCUCUGAGGAAGGCUAUGAGUUCUGACACUGUGUGGAAGGCUAUGAGUUCUGUCCCUUUGAAGAAGGCUAUGAGUUAUGUCUCUGUGAGGAAGGCUAUGAGUUCUGACCCUGUUAUGAAUACUAUGAGUUCUGUCCCUGUGAGGAAGGCUAUGAAUUCUGUCUCUGUGAGGAAGGCUAUGAGUUCUCUCUCUGUGAGGAAGGUUAUGAGUUCUGUCCCUGUGAGGAAGGCUAUGAAUUGUCUCUGUGAGGAAGGCUAUGAGUUCUGUCUCUGUGAGGAAGGCUAUGAGUUCUGA